AUGGCGUCCAUGGCCUCAUCGCUACAGAGAGCGCAAGCUCCCGUCCGCAAAGUCUUGUGCGGCGCUCCCGCCGCCGUCCGAUCCUUCGCCACAGUCCCAUCCGCAAACGACACAACUCAAUCCGCCAAACCAAAGCGCAAGACAUACUUCAAAGACACAGACGUAGCCUCAUUCUCCGACUUCAUCGGCUCUGCAUCCCCCGCUCAACAGCUCUCCGCGACGGAAGCAUACUCCCUUCGAACCGCCGAAGUCGGGCCAGCUGGCAAGAAAAGAACAAUCACACGACUCCCCGAAUGGCUCAAGACGCCAAUUCCAGCGGGCAACGACAACUUCAAGAAGAUCAAGAGUGAUUUGCGUGGCCUUGGCCUCCAUACCGUGUGUGAAGAGGCACGAUGCCCCAACAUCUCAGAGUGCUGGGGUGGUUCGGACAAGAGCGCUGCCACGGCGACGAUCAUGCUCAUGGGGGAUACGUGCACGCGAGGAUGCCGCUUCUGCAGUGUGAAGACGAAUAGGGCGCCUGCGCCGUUGGACCCCCAUGAGCCGGAGCAUACUGCUGAGGCGCUUGCCAGAUGGGGAUUGGGCUAUGUCGUUUUGACGAGUGUUGACCGUGAUGAUUUGGCGGAUGGUGGUGCUAGACACUUUGCGGAGACUAUUCGCAAGAUCAAGCAGAAGAGGUCGUCGUUGCUGGUGGAGGCAUUGACGGGUGACUUCAUGGGUGAUUUGGACAUGGUCAAGAUUGUGGCGGAGAGCGGACUGGAUGUCUACGCGCACAAUGUCGAGACUGUUGAAGCGUUGACUCCGUACGUUCGAGAUCGUAGGGCCACCUUCCGACAGAGCUUGAAGGUGUUGAAGCAUGUCAAGGAUGUCCGUGGCAAGGAGGGCAUCAUCACCAAGACCAGCAUCAUGCUUGGUCUGGGUGAACAGGAACACGAGGUCAUGGAUGCUCUGCGGGAGCUCAGAAAAGCAGACGUCGACGUCGUCACGUUCGGUCAGUACAUGCGUCCCACGAAGCGACACCUCAAGGUCGAAAAGUACGUCACGCCCGAUGAAUUUGAGAUGUGGCGACAGCGUGCUCUGGAUAUGGGAUUCCUCUACUGUGCCAGUGGGCCGCUUGUGCGCUCAUCAUACAAGGCUGGUGAGGCGUUCAUUGAGAAUGUCCUGCGGAAGAGAGCUGGUGAAAAGGCCAUGGCGUCGCCUACUGCCGAGGAGAAUAUCGCCAAGGCGGUUGCUAUGGAUGCUGAGACUCGAUGA